AUGCGGCCUCAACGCGAAUACCAUAUUGUUGUUCUGGGAGCUGCACAAUUUGUUCAAAAUGUUUGGAUCGAAAGUUACGACCCGACGAUCGAGGAUUCAUACAGGAAACAAAUCGAGGUAGACGGCCGACAAUGUAUACUGGAAAUUCUUGAUACCGCAGGCACGGAACAAUUCACGGCAAUGAGAGAGCUCUACAUGAAACAAGGCCAAGGUUUCCUCCUGGUCUUCUCAAUCACAAGCAUGUCCUCACUGAACGAACUCUCCGAGCUCCGCGAACAAAUCAUGCGCAUCAAAGACGACGAAAACGUCCCGAUCGUGAUAGUCGGCAACAAAUCCGACCUAGAAGAAGACCGCGCCGUACCACGCGCUCGCGCAUUCGGGCUAUCCCAGAACUGGGGCAACGCACCGUACUACGAGACAUCCGCGCGGCGGCGCGCAAACGUGAACGAAGUCUUCAUCGACCUCUGCCGACAAAUCAUCCGCAAAGACUCCGAAGGAUCAAGGAGCAGCAGCGAUCCCAAUCGCAAGCGAGAAGGGCCCAACCGCCAUGAUCGGAAGAGAGACCAUCGUCGGCCGCGGAAGCGCGGCCCGUGUGUCAUUCUCUGA